GCUUUCUUGGCGAGGAGUCCCGAUUUCACCGAGGGGACACAGAGGGACGCCUGAAACUGAGAAAAGCUGUCGCCCUGGACUGGAUUAUUAGGAAGGCGGACGCCGGCAUCAGCUCGGGGAUGAUGCUGCAGCUGAGUUUGGGACUCUAGAGAGCUUCUCAACUUUUCCUAGAGGGUUGGGGGGGAGGUUUAGGGUUCGAACCUGUCCCCCCACCCUCUAUGAACCUCUGCGUUUCUGGGACCUUUGUUAGAUUUGCAGCUCUUCACAGUCAUCAUGGAGCAGUCUGCGUCUUUGGACAUAGAAGCGCUGAAGAUGACACAGGAGCAGUACAUCCUGGCAGCCCAGCCCAACCCUUUGCACCAUCGAGCAGCGUCAGUCUGCGGUGCGCAGGUGUACCCAGCAGUGGGCAUCUACGGCUGGAGGAAGAGAUGCUUGUACUUCUUCAUCCUCCUCCUCCUCGUCACAAUGAUUGUCAACCUGGCACUGACCAUCUGGAUCCUUAAAGUCAUGAACUUCACUCCGGAUGGUAUGGGAAAUCUGCGAGUCACCAAGGAGGGCGUCCGACUGGAAGGAGUAUCAGAAUUCCUACUGCCUUUAUAUGUCAAAGAGAUCCAGUCACGUAGGGACAAUCCACUCAUCCUUCAGUCAGACAGAAAUGUCACCGUCAACGCUAGAAACGACCAAGGAAAGCUGACUGGACAGCUGACUGUGGGUGCAGACAUGGUGGAAGCUCAGUGCCAGAGGUUUGAAGUGAGGAGCAGUGAUGGUGAAAGAGUUCUCUUCUCAGCAGAUGAAGAGGAGGUCAGCAUUGGCACCGAGAGGCUGAAAGUUACAGGGAAUGAAGGAGUGGUGUUCAGUCAUUCUGUAGAGACUUCACAUGUAAGAGCAAAGCCUUUCCAGGACCUCAA